CGGGGUAGGCGGGGCCAGCCUGUUUCAAAGUAGAAGACUGCUCUUACUUCAGGAAAUCGAUCUGAUCGACGGAUACUUUAGUGAACGUAUGCUUCCAAGGGGCACCAGAGAAAACUGCAUUACCCAUAAGGCGGUUCGUCGACCUUCCCCCCACUACCUUUAACUCAAACCACGGGCGGGAGAAGAAGAUGAACAUUCCGCUCUGCCUACUCCUCCGACCAUACAGUCUCCGCUGAUCUAAAGGCUUAUCACUUUUCAUGCAUUUUUUUUGUAGUAUAGUAUGAGUUUAUGGAGCCGAAAAGUCGUUACCGUAUAUUGAAGAUCGAAGCCAAAUUGGGAAUUGACUUACUGCUAUUUGCAACACCGAAUGUGGAGUACGGGAAGUGAAUCAACAGCUUAGUCUAAAGAUGAUCCUGAAGGGGCAGAAGCGUAAACUCCCGCCCGAGGAUCCAGACCACACAGAAGAGACCACCGCAGAAUUGGAAGGACAGCGGCAGUUAGUCCUUUACAUCUCACUCAACAAAUAUCAACAUGGUCAAGUGUUAGCCGAACCCAGUCUCAGGCGAUCUGUUUUAAUAGCAAACACUCUUCGGCAAAUUACCUUGGAGGCAGCCAUGGGAAAAGAUGGGGGUUCGCCGACUCCCUGUGGCGCUGCAGCCGCCGUGCAUACCAAGGAGGACGGCUGCACUGGAAUGGCGACACCGGAUCGCCAGUUCACGGUGACGGUCCAUAACAGCCAUUCAGCUGCAGCCAGUGACUUUUCUUCACCACCAGACCCCCAAUUCGGUGUUGCGUGCAGUAGGCAUCAGGCGGACUUCCAAGUGAGUACGCCAGAUGUGUGUAUCGAGGGAGGCUCAGAGGAUUGGGAGUCCAUGUCUUCAGAUCCAGAUUUCUCUCUGUCAGCGGCCAUCUCCUCCAUCCUGACCACGCUGGAGUCCAGCAUCGACGGGAACCACGGCGGCUCCCUGGCAGCGCCGCGGACGCCUCUGAGGUCUUUGGAGAACCUGGCGGCACCGGAGGGAGAUGGAGCCUCCAAACAGGGGGUGAGGGGUCCAAGCUGGGGGGCCUGGGAACGGGCCGACGAGAGCAGGGCGACGGACAGUUGCGUGGAGGUGAUGAGGUCCAGUUACCUGGGGGACCUGGCCCUGGACGACAUUUUCCAGGACAUAGAUACGUCCCUGCUGGAGAGAGAGCUGGGCGUGCUGGGAGCGAGGGGAGAGGGACACCCCAGUGGAGAGGAGCUUCUCCGAUACCUGCCCUCACUCUCCUCCACUGUUCCGUCCUUCUCGUCGUUCUCCUCCUCCUCCUCCUCCUCUCCCUUCCUGUCCAUUAACCAGAACAUGUGGUGCCUUCCCUCCUUCUCCUCCUUCAACCCGACCACCACCCCCUCCGGCUCCCCCUUCUUCUCCUCCUCCUCCUUCCCGUCUCCGUCCUCCUCGUCCUACCCUGGUCAGGGCCUGGCUCGAGACGGGUUGGAGUUGGACCAUGUGAUGGAGGUGCUGGUGGAGUCCUGAGGAGGUGGUGAGGGGGGGGGGGGGGGGGAAUAGCUCCAGACUGAAAGACUGUGAACACGCUCUGAAACAAAAGACACUGAAUGGUAGAAACUGUUUUUACACUCUAUAGACUGUGUGUGUAUAUAAUUAUAUAUUUAAAUUGUGUUUCAAGUUGUUUCGGUGCACUAAGCCCCAUGUUGAGUUUUUUGCAUCGGAUGGUUUUAAGUAAGCAAGCCUGACAGAGAUUGAGAUCCAGAAGAACGCUAUCAGGACGUGUAAGAAUGGUUGAUGACAGGGACGCCAAUCUCUAAGCGAGGGUAUGAGUGGAUGCAGACGCACAAGGCUGUACAUCAUAUCAGUGACUGGUAUGUGAAGGCCAUGCUGUAGGUGCCUUUAUGUCUGCAUGGCUAGUAAUGUAAUUCCUUGCCAGCUGUUACCUUAGAAACAAAGGGAACCUCAACAAAUAUUUUCAUAUUUUGUCAAGAGGGGGAGAGAUGGUUCUGGUAAUAGCCAAACGGUCUGCUCGUGUUAGUAUAUGUUCAGGGCUGUGCCUCGUAUUGGAGCUGUCAAUAACACAGCUCAGGCAUGCCGUUGGUUAUGUAUUGAGGCGGUUCUUUGUAGUUUGUGCACAUAGGAAUGGGUAUGUUGGCCAAUCAGGAAUAGACGUCUGAAGACAUCUGUUGAGUUUUUAAAACCGAGAUGAGUUUAGGAGGGGGAGUUUAGAGAAUAUUAACAGUACUAAUACAAUGUUUUUUUCUAAUCCUAUUUGUUAUCAGAGGGUUAUGAAAUGACUUCUCAAUUGUGUUCCAUGGGGGAGAUACCAGUAGCGAUACUGUGAUACUUCUUGUUAGUUUUAUCUGACCCUAUUUAUUAUAAUGUUUAAAAUGACUUUCUAAUGUUAUCAUUACACACUUGAUAUUAUAUAUUGUUCAGCUGGUGCUCUCCUUUUUACAAAGAUCCAAAUUGCAGUCUCUUGUGUGAACACCAGGCUGGGAUGUGAUCGCAACACAAAUCAAGUUGAACAGCUUCCGUGCCAAGCUGAACCCAAAACCCUUAGUGCUCAGGCCCACGGGUCAGGUCGUAGUCUCUCACAGAGCCGUGUGAGCGAAGGGUUGGCUCCGUGGCCGUGACGCAUGGUGCAUGCUGUUCUUGAGUCAGUCACAAGUUCCUGUUCAGAGGGGUUUGGUAGGAAAUCCACGUCUGGGUUUACGUCAUUAAUUGAGCAUUGCACUUUGAAUUGUGUCAUUGCCACCUUGCAGAGGCAGAAAGAUGGUAUCUGAUGUCGUAAAUAGUCAAAUUAUUAACGUUUAUCCGAUGUUAUGGUGAAGCAAAGUCUUUGAAAGAAAACCAUGUUCAGAUUGAACCCUAAUUGACAGAUUCAACGAGCCGCACUUGGAGAUAUUGGUUUUGAAAUGCUCACAGAAAUUAGGUUUGAGAAAGCACAUUGUGAUACCUCCUUCUGCAGGUUUUUGUCGUCCUGUAAUAUCCUGCCGAUGAUGGUUCCAAGUUUGUGUCAGGUGACACAUUUAUAAAGAUUUAUAAGUAAUUGUAUUUUACACUUUUUUUUAUUAAUGUAUUGCCUAAGCAGUUUAAUUAAUGAUUUCAAAUAUGUAUUAUGUUUUUGGGUGUGGUUCUCAGACACUGAAUCUAAAAUGUUCAAAUGUUCAUGUUCACGUCCAUUUUAUCUAUCUUUUACUGUUCUGAAAUAAAUCGGAAAAUUUA